GCUCUCGAGUCUUGUUUCCAGUUCGUCCCUGACCAGCAGCUGUCUUAUACAACAACACACAAGCUCUACAAGAUGGCCGCUGCAAUCAAAGCGAUCAAUGCAAAGAUCCGGUCCAACAAGGUCGCGGACUAUAUCUGCUCGACCCAUUUCUGGGGCCCUGUCUCCAACUUCGGUAUCCCCGUUGCGGCUGUGAUGGACACACAGAAAGAUCCGGAACUUAUCUCUGGCCAAAUGACCGGUGCCCUGGUUGUCUACUCCGCUACCUUCGCGCGCUACGCUCUCGCCGUCACCCCUGCCAACUACCUCCUCUUCGCCUGCCACGCUAUCAACUUUUCCGCUCAGUGUACCCAAGGAUACCGCUAUCUGAACUACUGGAACUGGGGAGGCCGUGAAGCUGCACUUGCUGCGCAGGGAGCGCAGAAGGGCAAAGAUGCUCCUGAGGCGGGUGCCUAAGAAGGAGGCAUUCAUCGCCUGAUGAUUUGGGAUUCUGUGUUACCUACCUAUAUAUUAGUGCUAGACCGGCUUUGUACUUAUUCAGGAAUCGAUGAAGUGACCGUGGUCGACUGUACGUUUUUCUCCGGGAAGAGGUAGUCGUGUAGUGUUUUAUUAUAUCUCGCGUUUUCCGGAGGGGACGACACGGAACUUGAUGGUUAUGAUAAUCUGGCAAGGCUUUGUUAUUGGGCUGGAAUUUAUAGAAUGAUGAAUUUAUUCAAGCUACUUAAAUCAAAUCAUAUCAU